CCCCCUUGUUUCUCCAACUUUUUGCUAAAUUGUUCAAUUUUCAUUAUUCUUCCCUACUAAAACAAUUCCUUACAAUUUUUUUAUCAUUUUUUUCAUUUAUUCCCCCUUCCAACUAAAAAGCUUUCUUAUUUUGAAACUUUUUUGAAACCAAAAUAAUUGUUUUAAUAGCAUUAUAACCAUUAACAAUAGAUAAUUUUUUUUUUUUUUCCACCUAUAAAUUCGCUUGUAAAUUUGAUAUUCGUCUGUGUUCAAAAAAAAAAAUGACGGCGAAAGUUGAAGAUUUUUUUGUUUCAAGUCAACCCAAAUCUUUUGACGACCAAGAAGACGAAGAUAUAAGUGUUGAUGUUGACUUGACGGAUGAUGAUUGGCAAUGGGAAGAAAGACUUCGUCUUAUCAACGAAUUUGAAAAUUGGACGAGUGAAAAUGAAGUCUUAGACAAAUUUAUACAACAAACCCAGUUGGAGACACCAGAUCCUCGCCACCAUAUGCAAUGGAUACCUUUUGAAAAUUUCAGCGACGUUAAAUUCGUAUUAAAAGGAGGCUACAGUUCAGUUUUUUCUGCUACCUGGGCAAAUAAGAAGGAAAAAGUAUGGGAUGGAGCAAAACAAACUUUUGUAGAAAAACCGCUUAUGGUUGCACUAAAAUCACUUAAGAAUUCGCAGAACGUUAGUGACGAAUUCUUGGACGAGAUUAAGCGUCACGGUAGUCUCAAAUUGGAUGGAUGUGGAUAUAUUGUACAUUGUCAUGGUGUUACAAAACAUCCAGAAACGGGUGAAUUUAUGAUGGUUAUGAAUUACGCGGAAGAUGGGGAUUUGCGUCAUUAUGUACAACGAAAUAUGGGUACAUUACGUUGGAAAGAUGCUGUAGAAAUGUUAUGUAACAUAGCGAUGGGGCUCCUAAACAUACACAAGAAUGGCACAUACCAUAAAAAUCUUCAUAGUGGAAAUGUAUUAAAAUUUUAUAGUUGUAAUAUUGCUGAUUUUGGUUUAUGUGGACCUUCAAAUCCAUCAGAACCACGAGGAGUUUAUGGAUCUUUACCCUUUGUGGCACCUGAAGUUUUAGCCGGUGGAUCAUUUACUGCUAAAGCUGACAUAUAUAGUUUUGCGUUUAUUAUGUGGGAAAUUACAUCAGGGAAACCUCCAUUUUCUGAUAGACCUCAUGAUCAUUCAUUAGCUUUAGAAAUUUGUCACGGUUUUCGAGAAUCAAUUGUACCUGGUACUCCACUAUUUUAUGAAGAAUUAAUGAAGAAAUGCUGGGAUGCAGAUCCUUCAAAAAGACCUGAUGCAGAAGAAAUAAUAGAUAUUUUAUUAUCUCCUUACGCAUAUCAACGACGACUUCUCCGUCUAGACGAAUACUCAUUUAACACAGCAGAUGAAAUUGAUGAUCUUGAUGCAUUUGAGCAAAUACUUUCAUCACGAAUCUCAGAUACGCGAUAUCCAGUUGCUCCAGAUGUUCAUCCAUUCGCUUUUUAUACUAGUCGUUUCUUAUUAUACCCGAAUUUACCCACACCCACAAAUUGUACAUAUGUAGCGGAACCUUCGCAAACAUCAUAUUUCGAUUUAAAUAAAUCUGUGGAUCUAGGCGAAGAAAUAACAUUCGAAGAGUACGAUACUCAUUGUCCACCAGAAGAAGACCUUUCCGAAACGGAAAGUGAUUACGAAAUCGAAGAGGAGCAAUACAUUCCUCCACCACCACCAAGCAUGAUGCAUCGAAGAAGAUCUAUUGCACCCCCACCAAUGAUUCCAACUUCAUGAUAUACAUAUAUAUUUUAAUUUCAUUUCAUUUCUUUCUUCUUUCUUAAUUACAUUUUGGGUGGGCGUGAGAUAGAUUACAUUAUUAUAAAAAAACGUAUUUAUUUAUUUUUCAUCUCCCUCUCUAUUUUCCUUGUUAUAUACAUUAGAACACACACAUACUCUAUAGAUUAAAACACAUUAAAAAAUAUGCAAAAAAAAUAAGUAUAAUUUUCACAUUUUAUUAAGAAUCAUUAUUUGAAAUAAUUCCUUCCGUUAUUUCAUAAAUGAUUUCGUAAGAAUGGCGAAUACUGUAUAGAUAAAGAUUAUUUCUCAUCAUUAUUAUUUUAACUCUGUACAAUUAUUUAUUUCAUAAUCCCUUACAUAAUAAUAUUUUUUUUUUUUUUUUGCUUAUCCUCCCUUUUAUUAUAAUUAUAUAUACUUAUAAGUUUUAAGAAAAAA